AUGCUGAAGGCAAUUGAACAAAGUCCUAAGCACUUGCACAGGACUGUCUAUGAAGAACCUCUUGCUAUGAUGUUUCCUGAGGACCUCUCAACAUCUUCCGGCUUUGACAGCAGUGCUCCAGCUACUCUGGGCUCUCAAAGCUCAUUGGAAAAGGAAUACAGUUUUAGUGACAGCAGCCAGCAGAGCUUCUCCUCUGUUCUGACUGCUGAGGAUGUCACACACAUGCCGUAUUACAGUUCUUUCCUGCAACUACACCAAUGCGCAGAGCUGCCUUCUGAGCUGGGUGGGGAUCUGUACUUGCAGGCCUCCUUUCCUCGACGGAGUACUGGAUCUGGAAGAAAUUGGUUUGUGGGAGGUCAGUUCCAGUCUUUGGCACUGCAGAGUCCAGACAAUAAUGCCCAGCCUCUCACCAGUUACUCUACAUGGGAAGAGGACUGCAGUUCUGACAAGGAGGUGAAGAGUUGCUGGCACCAAGCAGAGAAAUGCUGCCUGCAGAGGUACUUCAUUGCCUGGUCAGCUCGGACUCAGCAACUUGUAAAGGCCCAGCAGUACUGCAGGCUCGUUCAGCUGUCUCGAGCCUUUCUCAGCUGGCACCACUGGGUAGUGGAAAAUAAGAACCGAAAAGCAGCAGCAGCCCUAAAACAUCGAGUUCAUUGCUGCCAGAUGGCUUUCAGCCUGUGGAAGAAGAGACUGGCCCAGAAAGUGGAAGCUGACCAGAGAUUCAGGUGUCACAUUCACCAGAUGACUGCUGAUGCUCUGUGGCAUUGGCAUUCCUGCUGGCAAAGGAAGCGUGCUGUGAGAGAGCUGCAGCAGCAAUGGGCUCAGCAUAGCUGCCAGGAGAAGAAGAGGCUGGUCCUGCAGACAUGGUAUUGCCAAGCAAGGAAGCAGAAAUAUGCUGCUUUAUUCUGGGAACGUCUUCUCCUGCACAGGUGCCUAGUCACCUGGGCCCAGGUCACUGCUUGUAGACUGAGGCAGCAUGAAGCCCUCUCUUGUUUUAAAAGGGUCAGAGAGCACCAUCUCCUAGUUGUGAGCUUUACUGAGUGGAGGGUGAAAUUCUUGACAGCUGAACAGCGGGUGCUGAGAGAGAGAAACCGCAAGUGGCAGGGACCCUCUCAGGGUAAAGCCUGUCACCGCUGGCGAUUGGCCUCAAGAGGACAGCAAGCCCUGCGCCUAGGAUCUGUUGCUACUGUAAAACAGGCCUGCAACUACUGGACAAAAGCAGCUGCCUUUUCCCAGUGCUCACGGCAGUGCAGUACCCUGAUAGGUGCUAGGAAGAGCAGGAAGAUGUCUCUGUCUUGGUCCAUGAAAAGUGGAAGAGGCAGAGAAAAGGGUUCAGCACCACCUGCCCCUCUUGGGCUUUUUCCCAGUGCCAUUCGCCGCUGGCUGGUGAUCUACAGAAACCAAAACAGGCCUGAAAGGCUGCUGCUCCCUCACCUGGUAGAGAGACCUGGUGUGGUAGGACCCUCUCCCGCACACACAAGGAUCCAGGAGAACAAAGCAGAGGUGGACUUGAAGGAGCGGGAUGAGAAGUGGCUUGGAAGGAAGUAUCUGAGGUGGUGGCAUCACAUGGUGAUACUUCGCCGGUGCCAGCAUGACAGGAGACUGCGCUGCCUGGCAAGGGGAUGGCAUCAGUGGAAAGAAGCCAGCAGGGUGGUAAUGGUGGCUCAGGUGUUGGACCAGCAGCGGCUUAUAGAAAAGGCCUGGAGGGUGUGGAGACGACGACAUUUGCAAAGCCGUGUUGUGCAGAAUUUUUUGGAGGAGGAAGCCAGGAGCCUACUAUCUCAGGCCUUUGGAAGGUGGCGCCAGCUAACAGCAUUCCAGCUCAAGGACAAAGGACACUGCUGAAUGGUGGGGGCCUGCCUGCAGCUGCUGCUCAUUUCAGGACACGUGGAGGAUACAGCUGGCUGUCACAACAAAG